AUGAGUAGCCUUGCAGAAUUCGGAGGCCUUGAAGGAGGGCUUAAGGUCUUCAUAACGGUUAUGGAGAUUAAGCACAUCUCUUGCGAGGCCCAAGCUGAGCUCAAGAAUAGGUCUGGGAGCAAGGACAGUAACAGAACGUUCUACCUCCACUUCAAGCUCUGGGGCAGCAACAGCAUGUUAUGCCUCCACAUCAUGGGUUCUGCCCUUUGA